AUGAAUAUUAUAGAAUGUGUUGACGGUUACUAUGGCCUGAAUUGCAGUACUCAGUGUGGAAAUUGUCAUCAAGGACUUUGUAACAAGAAUAAUGGAUCCUGCCAAACUGGUUGCAACUUGAACUGGAGAGAACCUCUCUGCCAAGAAUGUGUUGACGGUUACUAUGGACAGAAUUGUAGUACUAGAUGUGGUAAUUGUCAAGAGGGAUAUUGUGACAAGACGACCGGAAGUUGUUUAUCUGGUUGUAAACUGAAUUGGAAAGAACCUCUUUGUCAAGAAUGUGUUGACGGUUACUAUGGACAGAAUUGUAGUACUAAAUGUGUUAAUUGUCAAGAGGGAUAUUGUGACAAGAAGACAGGAAGUUGUUUAUCUGGUUGUAAACUGAAUUGGAAAGAACCUUUUUGUCAGGAAUGUGGAGACGGUUUCUAUGGCCUGAAUUGCAGUACCCAGUGUGGAAAUUGUAAAAAUGGAUUUUGUGACAAGAAAAACGGAUCCUGCCAAACUGGUUGCAAUUUAAACUGGAAAGAACCCCUCUGCCAAGAAUGUGUUGACGGUUACUAUGGCCAAAAUUGUAGUACCAGAUGUGGUAAUUGUCGAGAGGGAUAUUGUGACAAGACGACCGAAAGUUGUUUGUCUGGUUGUAAACUGAAUUGGAAAGAACCUCUUUGUCAAGAAUGUGUUGAUGGUUUCUAUGGCCAGAAUUGUAGUACCCAGUGUGGAAAUUGCCGAGAAGGAAUCUGUGACAAGAAGACCGGAAGUUGUUUAUCUGGCUGCCAAUUAAACUGGAAUGAACCUAUGUGUCAAGAAUGUGUUGACGGUUACUAUGACCAGAAUUGUAACACCCAGUGUGGAAACUGUCGAGAGGGAUUUUGUGACAAGAGGACUGGAAGUUGUUUAUCUGGUUGUAAACACAAUUGGAAAGAACCUUUGUGUCAAGAAUGUGUUGACGGUUACUUUGGCAAGAAUUGUGGUGCUCGCUGUGGAAAUUGUCUUGAAGGGUUUUGUGACAAGAAAAACGGAAGUUGUUUAUCUGGCUGCAAAUUAAAUUGGAAAGAACCUUUGUGUCAAGAAUGUGUUGACGGUUACUAUGGUGAGGAUUGUAGUACUCAAUGUGGUAAUUGUCAAAGUGGACAUUGCGACAAGACGAUUGGACAUUGUCCAUCUGGUUGUAAACUGAACUGGGAAGAACCUUUGUGUCAAGAAUGUGUUGACGGUUACUAUGACCAGAAUUGUAGUACCCAGUGUGGAAACUGUCGAGAAGGACUUUGUGACAAGAAAAACGGAAGUUGUUUAUCUGGCUGUAAACUAAACUGGAAAGAACCUUUGUGUCAAGACUGCGUUGACGGUUACUAUGAUAAGAACUGUAGUACCAGAUGUGGUAAUUGUCAAAGUGGACAUUGCGACAAGACGACUGGAAAUUGUCCAUCUGGUUGCAAACUAAACUGGAGAGAGCCUUUUUGUCAAGAAUGCGUUGACGGUAACUAUGGCCGAGAUUGCAGUUCUAUGUGUGGGAAUUGUCGAGAAGGAUUUUGUGACAAGAAAAACGGAAGUUGUUUAUCUGGCUGUAAAGGGAACUGGGAAGAGCCUUUAUGUCAAGAAUGUGCUGAUGGAUACUAUGAUCAGAACUGCAGAACCCAUUGUGGAAAUUGUCUCAAAGGAUUUUGUGACAAGAUAAAUGGAUCUUGUCAAUCUGGUUGCAAAGGAAACUGGAAUGAACCAUUAUGCCAAGAAUGCGUUGAUGGAUUUUAUGACGAGGAAUGCGGAACAAUGUGUGGGCACUGUCUUACAGGAGUGUGUGACAAGACAAAUGGAACUUGUACGAGUGGAUGUUCACUAAACUGGCAGGAUCCUUUGUGUCAAGAAUGUAUUGACGGAUUUUAUAACCAGAAUUGCAGUAAUCAGUGUGGUAAUUGCCAAAGUGAAUUUUGUGAUAAGAAAAAUGGAAGCUGUAUAAAUGGUUGCAAAACGAACUGGAAGGAACCUCUAUGUCAAGAAUGUAGUGACGGAAUGUAUGACCAGAACUGCAGUACCAAAUGUGGACAUUGUCUAGAAGGAUUUUGUGACAAGAGAAAUGGAAACUGCCUUACUGGUUGUAAAUUGAACUGGAAAGAGCCCCUCUGUAAAGAGUGUGUUGACGGAUUUUAUGACGGGGAGUGCAAUAAACAUUGUGGACAAUGUCUUCGAGGAGUUUGUGAUAAGACAGCUGGGACUUGUAUGAGUGGAUGCUCACCAAACUGGCAGGAACCUUUGUGUCAAGAGUGUACUAACGGAUCUUAUGGCAAAAACUGCAGCACACAGUGUGAAAAUUGUCUUGGAGAUUUUUGUGACAAGGAAAAUGGAACCUGUUUGACUGGUUGCAAAACAAACUGGCAUGGACCCUUAUGUCAAGUAUCAGCUUCAAAACAAGAGGAGGAGGAAAAUGAUACAGCCAUUAUUGGAGGGACUGUCCCGGCAGUCUUAAUUGCAGUUUUCGUUGGAGUUAUCAUAUUAAUAAUAUACAGACGGCAUAGAAACAACGGUGGUAAAGAGGGCCUCAUGGAAAACGAU